GAAUUUUCUCACUAAAAGAUGAGGUUAAUUAUUGGCGCAAUAAGUCAAAAUGCCAUCCAAAUUGUAAUGAAGAUGAGAUGAAACGAUGCGAGCAUUUUGCAUCCCUCUUGGAAGUUCCAGCCGAAGAAUGCAGUCGUAUUGAAUCUUCAUCUCGGUCAGUGUUGGAUUCAACGAUUGAUUCAUUAAGGAUAUCAUCUACUCAUUGUACUAAUGCCACACAAAAACAGCCUACACUUGAAGUUUUUCUAACAGAUUUGGUUGAUAUUAUAGACUCACUUUUAACAGACACAUUGGAUGAUUUAUGGAAAUGUACAGAUUCACGUGCAACAGAACCUUAUCCAGAGCAAAGGAUGCGACAACUUAUUGAAUGUUUAAGUUAUUGGACAAUACGUGUGAUUCAAGGCUUUCUGGGAAGUGUUCAAACAGUGUCAGAGAAAACUGAAAUAGCCAUUUCAAGUUUAUGGAUAUUGCCUUUUGACGAG